CUUGAACAGAAGCGGGGUAGUGUCAAAUCAGAAACGCCAGACUAAUAAAAAAUAUUUAUUCGAUAAUAAAGGGUAAAAAUAACAAACCAUGGAGAAUAAGGAAGCUACACGGAAAUGCGGCACAUGCCACAAGCAGGUCGCAGAGGCCAACUUUGCUUUACAUGAAACACACUGCAGGCGCUUCUUGUGUCUCUGCCCUGACUGUGAUGAAAGUGUUCCUAGAGAUCAACUGGACCAACAUAGAGACGAACAACACACCCAGGUGAGAUGCUCCAAGUGUCACCAGAGGAUGGAACGAUGUCGCCUCACAGACCAUGAGGAUGAUGAGUGUGUGGAGCGUCUUCAGUGCUGCCAGUUCUGCAAGCUGGAAAUGCCAUGGAAGCAGCUGGAUGAACACACUGAGGUUUGUGGGAGUCGCACCGAGCUGUGCGUGGACUGUGGCCGCUACGUCACCCUGAGGGACCAGCUGAAGCAUGGCUCCACAUGCUCGACAGCAUACAGCAGCUCAGGCCCUCCUCCAGCUGCCAGGGCUCCACCAAACAAGAGUACGGAAACUGUGAGUUGUAGCAGAUGUACAGAGUUAUUUCCACUUGAGGAUAUAGAGCAACAUGAGCUGGAGUGCAGUCCUGUAUCCAGGUGGAACUUGGAUGACUCUGAUUCAGAAGAUGAGGGUGGUUUCUCAGUUCCUCAACUUAGUAGUACCCACAAUGCCCCCUCCCUGUCAGACCACCUGAGCAGGGGGCCCUGGAAUGACAGAGGAGACCCCGAUGAGAUCAGUACCUGUCCCCAUUGCCAUCUGGCCCUGCCUCUGUUCACACUACGCUGGCAUAAGGUGAAGUGCCAGAUCCAUAUUAGCUUGAAAUGACUGACCAUCUCAGAAUGUUGAUUUAGAGAAGUUAGAACAACUUAAUGUUGGUGAAAAUAACGGAAGGUUCAGAUUUUGGCCGUUGAAAUGUUAUUUUAAUAUUUGUGUUCUUCAGAAAAGUGGUUGAAUUGAUAGUUUUAGGUUUAGACUCAUAUUGGCAUGAAAAACUAAUGGUUCAUAACACUAAACUUAAUGUCAGUCAAGUUAGCACUCCUGAAUGCCUUGUAAUGUGUCUUCUAGAAAGAAGUCAUAACAAAAAUUUAUUUUGAUUAAAUAAUAAAAUGAAAAUACUACAAAUAAAAAAUCUUACUAUCUGCUACAGAUCUGUGCUUCUAUACAUCAGUUGAGAUGGGAGACAAUUUUAUUUAAGUCAAAUUCUAAAGGUUUUAACUAUUAUGGCCGAGAAUAUCUCAAAACCCCUUACAAAUCUUUACUUAACUCAAUUUUAAAAAUCAGAAGUACAAGAUAAUUUUGACAUUUGUUGCUGACUGCUCUGAAGCUAACCAUGAUGACGUGCUGGUGCAGAUGUAGAGAACACUGGCCUUGUCCUUGAUACAGUGUGGGCAACCCAGCAUCUUCAUCUUCUUGGACCCACUAAGGAGCAUAUGGCUGUGAUGUAGCCUGUCUUCUGGUACAGUCCUGCAGAGAACCUAGAGGCCUUUCCUUGUCCUCGACACACUCCAACACAAGCUGAGCAUGAGCAAAUGAGCGUCCUGCAUGUGAACCGUACAUAUUGUACCUUUAGUACACAUCAGUGUCAUAAAAUAGCAAUUAGGAAGACUUAAAAAAAAACCUAGCAGGUGAGAGGGAAAAUGUUUAAUAUUUUAUGUCUAGAUCAAUAUUACAUUCAAUAGUGUUCUAAGUUUGAUUAGGUGUCUCACUUUGUGUUUGUCCCUUGUCCUACGUCUCACACAUGGCUUUAACAGAUUUUGAAGGAAAUACAUGUAUGUAAACAGCAUUUGACUGUAAGAACUAUACAACUUUAGUUUCCUUUUAUGCCCAGGGGGGUGUUAUGGUACUUCAGGCAGGAAAAGGAGUCUGAUUUUGUUUCAACUCACAUUUUCUCCUGCAACUCCCCAAUCAGCCUCCAGCAGUAAACACCAAAUUAUUCCUGUAUUCAUAUUUAUUCUACACCUGCCAGGUUUUUUUUAAGAGUUCAGGAACUGUCUGUGUCAUGUUUUGUCACUGGCACACUCAGAUAUUGAUGUAAUAGAUGGUUAAAUGUGAUGAAAGUAUCCUGCCUCAGCUCUAUUUUCAUGGAAUGAAAGUUGAGGUCACAUUAUUCUAGUUGUUCAUAUUGUGAAGGCCUAACUUGUAACCUGCUUAUUCCUCAAAAUUUAAGACAACCUCUCAGUGUUCAUACUGUGUGUCAUGUUGUCCCAGAUAAACACACUCUUUGCUCAUUUAGGAUCUCUUGU